AUGACCUGCGUUCAAGGUAUUCUUGGAACACGCACACACACGUGUGAGUUAACAAAGAAGACAUCCAAGUUGAACAUUAUGGUCGAGCACUUACCACCCAGAGAAAUUAUUCCAAUAACCUCUGAUGAUCGAGAAGACUCUCUCCUGUUCUUGUACAACAGUGAGAGCUUUCAAUCCAUUCCCGGUCUCAAUGGAAUUCAAUUAAAAGUUGGAGUCAUCAACAUCCUCAUAGACUGCAUAGGAUUGGAAGCUGGAUUGAGUGUUGGGGAUGUUGUCAGCAUUGAUUCCAGCCGGCAAGCUGUUAUUACUGAUUUCAACGACGGCGUUAAUGUAGUGGUCCAUUACUCAAUUGGAAAUAACGGGAACGCUGAAGAUGAUGUUAGUGUUAAUGUUGGAGAAGAUGAUGGGAACAUGCAUAGUAAAAAUUUUGGUUUUGUGGACGGUGCCAGCGUUAAUACUAGCAAAGUUGAUGGAAAUAGAUUUAAUAGUUUCGGUUUUGUGAAUGAUUUUAGCGAAGUUGAUGGGAAUCAUGGUGAUAGAUUGAUUUUCGUCGGUGGUAGGGGUGAUGCCGGUUCAAGUGCAUAUGGUGAUGAAAGUGAAACUAAUGGUGCCGAUAAUGGGAACAGCUAUUAUGGCGGUAACGAAAGAGGAGAUAGACUUUAUAGUAGAAAUAAUGUUGGGCAUCGUGAAUAUAUCAUUACUGUAGUUGAAUAUUUAGAUGACUUUUACAUUGAUGAUGAUUCUUACAUUGAUGAUGACGUCAUAUAUAACAUCCAUAUACAUUAUUAA